ACGUUUGAGAACUUCGCUGAUGUACGGGAUAGGCCAGGUGAGCAAGACAAAGUCGCGUGGGGACCAAGAAAUAUUUUGGAAAGCACUGAAGUUGUUUCUUGGGCCACGUUACGCCCUAAAACGUAACGAAUUUAGCUCGAAAAGGUUUGUAGAAGGAACAGGGAAACACCAUGGUCAAGCUUACGCCAGAACUAAUCGCACAGUCAGCGCAGUAUGUCAACGCCGUCCGAGAGUACGAGCUGGAUCUCAGAGGUUACAAGAUCCCAGUGUUGGAGAAUCUUGGAGCCACUCUGGACCAGUUUGACACCAUUGACUUCUCGGACAAUGAGAUCAGGAAGCUGGAAGGUUUUCCCCUGCUGAAGAGGCUGCGCUCUCUGCUCAUGAACAACAACAGGAUCUGCCGUAUUGCUGAGGGUCUGGAACAGAAUCUGCCACGUUUACAGGAAUUGAUUUUGACCAAUAAUAAUGUACAAGAACUGGGAGAUCUGGAUCCACUUGCAGCAUUCAAAAACCUGUCACACCUCAGUUUGCUGAGAAACCCAGUGACCACCAAGGAACACUACAGGCUAUAUGUCAUCCACAAGAUUCCCCAACUCAGAGUGCUGGACUUCCAACGCAUCCGUCUCAGGGAGCGAGAGGCAGCCGAAAGAACAUUCAAGGGCAAGAAGGGAGAAAAGCUGGCCAGGGAAAUAGGCAAGAAGUCAAAAACCUUUACCCCCGGAGCUCCCAUUGCGGGUGUGAAGAGAACAGGACCCUCACCACAGGACGUGGAAGCUAUCAAGAAAGCCAUAACAGAGGCCACAUCAUUGGAGGAAGUGGAUCGUCUGCAGAGAUUACUGCAGGCAGGACAGGUACCAGGCAAGGACUCCAAGAGACAUCCCCGAGGCGCAGAAGGUGGUGUAGAGGAGGAAGAAGAAGAGAUGGAAAUGGACAUGCAGAAUGGAAAGUAGUCAUGAAAGCUUUUUGUUUAUUACCAAUAUAAAAUAACCAGUAGCAAACAUGUCACCAACAGUAUCAGUUUGUUGAAGUUAUAAUUUUCUAACGUACUUUUGAAAUGUACAAAGUUAGUUUCAUUAUUUUGUAUUCUUGGUUGAUGAAUUAUUUGGUAUCCCUUUGGAGAAAUUUUCUCAAUCAUGACUGUUAAGAACCAGUUCAAAAUGACCGAUGCCUAAUUUAUGUUUAACAGUGUCAGUACAAACAAGUACAAAGAUAAACCUUUUUUCACAUAAUCAAGGUUUAGAUGAGAAUGGCAUUGUAUAUUCAGAUACUAUAAGUGGUAAUGUGAAUCAAUGCUUUUCAUUUUUCUUUUUGAUGAAAUGUUUCAUCUUCAUGAUACAAGCUGUCCAUUGAUGAGUUGUAGGAAGCAAAGGAGUACGGUCUGGCUAAAAUAAAGACAUCAUAUAAGACUAUAA